AUGCGGGCGGCCCCGGCGCUGCCGGCCAUGGCGGAGGAGCGGGAGCUGCAGGAGCGGCUGCGCGAGGCGGCGGCGCUCGGGGACGCCGACGAGGUGCGGCGGCUCGUGGAGCGCGGGGUGGACCUCAACUCCCAGAAUGACAUCAACGGCUGGACUUGCUUGCACUGGGCAUGCAAAAGAAACCACGCUCAGGUGGUGUCCUACCUGCUGCAUUCGGGGGCCGACAAGGAGAUUCUCACGAGGAAAGGAGAGCGGCCUGUCCAGCUAACGUCCAAGAGGGAGAUUCGGAAGAUGCUGGGAGUGGAAGAUGAUGAACUCCCAGACUCAACGAAAGAUUCAGCUUUGCCAAUCAUCCCGAAUUACCUGGCUAACCCACCCUUCCCCUAUGUUUAUAACACCAUGAGCGACAGUAUUGCAGGCGCCUCGGAGAACGGAAUCAUCUCACCCUCAGAGCUGCCAGACAGCGACUCCUCUUCCUCCUUUCCUCCUUUACUCCAAAACGCUGCCCCGGAGGUGGUUGGCAGCAGGUCGCCGCUGCCUGGCGGCUGCACCGCACCUCCGUGCCCCAAACCCGUCAGUCAGAAUGGCCCGAUGUACCAGGCACCUGCCUCUUGGAGCAGAAGUUCCCCUUCUCCCGUUGGAUCGAAGCCUGUGGUCCCUCCGCAGCAGAAUGGCUGCUGUCCUGGGCCCCUGCCCACAUUUCAGCCCGUCUUCUUCACGGGGGCUUUCCCACUUAGUAUGCAAGAACUGGUGCUUAAAGUUAGAAUUCAAAACCCUAGCCUUAGAGAAAACGACUUCAUUGAAAUUGAACUGGACAGACAAGAACUGACCUAUAAGGAACUGCUCCGAGUGAGUUGCUGUGAGCUGGGUGUUAACCCUGAACACGUGGAGAAGAUCAGGAAAUUGCCAAAUACAGUGCUAAGAAAGGACAAAGAUGUUGCAAGGCUGCAGGAUUUCCAAGAACUGGAGCUCGUUCUAACAGUAAGCGACAGAAACUUACUUUUCAGAGUUCCAAGUCUUUCUGAACGGAGUGGUUAUAACAAGAAAGCAUCCGAACUGACAUACUAAUUGCUUAAAGAAGAAUAAAACACAAUAUUUGUAUCUCUCAUUUUAAAAUGACGUAUUUGAAACAUUAUCUAUAAGGGCUAAUGACGUGGAAAAGAUCUAUUUUGUUAACCUUGACAGAAACUGAAGAUGUUAUGCACAGUUACAGCCUGUAUUUAAUAUAGGAGCAACUAGUCUGAUAUGAAAGUAGCUUAUGCAAAGAAAGUACUGAUAGAACAAUCUGUUAAUGCAGCACUCUCUUCCUUACAAAAAAGUAAACUUAAAAUACUGUAGAGUUAUAGAAGCUCUCAGGGAAAGGCUUAUUUUCAACUGCUUUAAUAAUUUGCUAUAACAUAGCAGAGAAAACUCAUGCUAAAGACUCUGCCACAAAACUCAUUUAAUAUUUGUAUUGACUCCAUUUCUAUUGACAUGUUCACCUUUCAGCUCAUGUAUUUUACAUCAUCUCUUAUGUAGUAGGAAAAAAUACAGAAGGGUUUAAAUCUGUGGAAGAAGCACAAAACUGUCUAGUUUUAAUAUUCCUAAGUGACUUAUUACCUAUGAUUUCCUAAUCCCUAUUUACCUGUUUCCCUUUUUCUCAGGUGGAAAACAAAAAAUUAUCUAAAAUAUGCUCUCAACCAAAAUCCUAAGUCCUUUUAUUGUUGUCUGUCAGCAUACAGUAUUGACAUGUGCAAUUUAAAAUACUAUUUUUGUUACUGUAUUGAAAACAGAUUUCUCCAAUGCUGCUUUAAUUUCCCCUUUUAUAGGACAAAUAUUAUAAAGUUCAACAUGUAGCGCUCCAUUCCAGAGAAAAAUCCAGUCUGGAAACUUCAAAAUUUCCCGUGAAAAAAGAAAAUGAGGGUUUUCUGGGCUGAUAUUAAAAUGUUAAUGUUUCUAUGCAGUGUAUUUCCUAUUUUCCCCCUCCUGGUGACUUGCAUUUACCUGUUAUUUACUGAAAAGUCACUUUUCCUGUUCCUGUUCAUAAAAAAAAUCAAAAUUAGACUACUUGGCUAUGAAACCCAAGAAUAAACAAAUUGAAAAUAUUAAUACAAUAUUAAGCUAGAUUUUAUUUCAUGUUUUAGGAUCUUAAUAUUUACAAAGUCAAUAGCUUUUGAAGAAGUGAUCUAGUCUGGUAACAUAACUGUUUAAGUACAUGCUAUGAAUCAGAUAACUGAAGUCCUAGAUGUAAGAGCCAAAAACAUCUCGACCUGGACUGAGUUUCCCUCUAUUUCUUUAUCUCCCUUGCGCCCCUCUUCCCCUUUAGUUUCUUUGGAAACUACAGCAACCAAAGGACUUUUGUCUUCUUGUUGUCUAAUGGUAUUUACAGCCCAUGGUAGCUGUAUGUUUGUGGACUAGUCAAUGAGAUUUGCAGGAAACAGGGAGCCACCAAAACCAGCAGGGAACUGCACCUUAAACUCUUAGCCCUCUUCGAGCAGAAAAUUAGACCUUCUUGGAACGGUGUUGGGUGUCCACCAGGGCCUUUUCUCCUUUCCUAGAGACUGCAGUAGGAGAAAACUGCUCCUUCCCCUGCAAUCAGGAGAGUUACCUGCAUUACAGCUAACAUAAGAGGAACCCACGAUUAUCUAUCCUCUCUUUCUCAUGCAGCGAGGAUUAUUUAUCCAGCUUCAGCAGGAGUGACUGAGUGCACAAGAGGGAGCCCUUUCCCAACCUGCCUUAGUCUGGUGCUUCCACGUUCACUGGGAAGCACAGAUCCAUGCAAGCACCCAGAUUUCUUAUGCAGCAAUUAACCAGAUCAAAUUUCUGUCUCCUUAUGAUGAGUAAAAACCUUUCAUCACAACCAAAUACCCCUUUUCCGAAGUGUGAGAGGGCAAAUGCAGUCGGAGUGGGUGGCAGUAUCUAUUUCUUAUACCAAAUUAGUGGUGGCAUAUUAACUGCAGAAUAAUGGAAUAAUAAGAUUUCCUAUUGCAUUGUUCCUGGUAUAUGGAAUAGGGAUGGUUCAGGCUUCAGCUGGCUAAAUGCCAGCU